AUGCUCGAAGAACAACAAUCAACUACUACUUCAACACCGACAGUUGAUAGAAAACAUCGAUAUUUUAUUGGAAAAGAUUAUUCAAAUGCGUAUAAAAAAGAUUUUGGAAACCUUGAAGACUACAGUACAGACUGUAUUGAUCGAAAAUCAAUACCUCGUAUGCCGUGGCAUGAUGAAGCAUUGGUUGUAUUUGGUCAAACAGCUCGAGAUGCUGCAAGACAUUUUAUUCAACGAUGGAAUAUUCAUAAAUAUGAAAAAUAUCCGAAAAAUGAUUUUUAUCCAUUUCUACUACCUAAGUCUUAUGAUGAUGUCGAAGACUUAGCUGUUGAAAACUGGAGUGAUUUUCUUGAAAGUGAACCAUUUCGGGUAAAUGCUCAGUGCGUUCGUUCCGUUGGGCCAUGGUCAGUGAAAACGAAAUCAGUAGAAUCAUCGAUUCAUAAUACUUAUAUACAAAUGAUUGAUGCUGCUAAACAUUAUAUAUAUAUUGAAAAUCAAUUCUUCAUUACUAUUGCUCAAGAUUCAGUAGUUCGAAACCAAUUAGCCGAUGUCCUUUUUCGGCGUAUAGAACGAGCAUAUAAAAAUGAUGAAAAAUUUCGUAUUUAUAUUGUUCUUCCUCUUUUACCUGGUUUUGAUAACAUGAAAGCUGUGCAAGCUGUACUCUAUUUUAUUAUGCGUUCAAUUAUUAAGGGUGACAAUUCAUUAUUUAAACGACUUGAGAAAGCAGGUAUUACACCACAGGACUAUAUUAGUGUUUUUGGUAUGCGUAAUCAUGAUAUCCUAAUGGGUCGUCUAGUAAUUAAAAUGUAUUAUUAUUGA